CUCACGGACAGUACCAACCCAUACAGAUUGAAUUACUUCUUGACUGUCAAAUAUUUUCUUCGUUUUGUUUUCCCGUUCUUUGUCACUCACUACGCAUCAGACAUACAAUUUCAGAUCGUCAGAGCCAGCAAGAUGUCCAGGGUUUCAUCCCUGACGGCGGAAGCAUUGGCUCGCCUCGAGAGUAUUGGUUUGCCUGCAAAGCCCACACCGAUCAAGGGAUGGCGAUCAAUCUCUGGAUCCUCGUGGAAAACUAUCAGUUCGGGCAGUAGUAGAGAGUCUAUUGUCAUUCCUGAAUUUAUCGAAAGCAUGGAGACGCUACAGUAUCUUGGCUUCACAAAGGAAACUGCUGAAAAAUUGUGGCUCAAAAUCGAAAAAAGACCCGACCCAGACAUGAACGACUUCAUGCGGAUGGUCCGUGGAUGGGUGCGGUCAUUUCCAAAUGCCGUUGAUGAAGACGACGACUGGAUUUCUGUCAUGAACAAGAUCGGGAUAAAAACACGGCUCCGACAGGCAAUCUUGACCCCGGAAUAUAAAGAUAUCAGGCUUUCCGAGACUUGUCACUACUGGAUAAAUGAAACAAUGCAGUGUGAUUUCCAGUUUCUUGAGUCAAUAUCGAAUAGAAUUUUACAAAAGAUAACGUCUCUUCCGUCCCUUUCAUCUGGCGGCGAAACCAUGAGCGAGUUUGGACCUGCUUCUCCACCACCCUCUGCCGAAUUGUUUGUCGAGCCUUAUGAAAUGCCGGCUUCAGCUGGGCGCGUAAAGGGCAAGAAUAAAUCCCGAGCCGUUGGCUCGGAGUAUUCGGCGAGAUCGUUCGAAGAAUCUCCGACAAAGAAGCCGAAGCUUGACCCUGAUGAUCCCUUCUCUUCUACUAAGCUCGAUGUAUCCUCUGCUGCUCCUGAGAAGCCAAAAGAGCCAACGAUCGUGCUCUAUAAAGGUGGGGAUCUUGUACGACUUGAAUCAGCUUUAACAUUGGAGCCAAAUAAAAAAGGUCUUCUAAGGAUUAUGACACACCCUCCGACAGACCUAUCAUCACUAGAACUCCGGCUAUACUUUACCAGCCAGCAUGAAAUUGCAGAAAAGUAUGCAGGAUAUGCCCAUGUGAGGAACGAGGGGGGACGUGGGGCCGGGAUCCUUCAUGCAGAAAUCCCGACAAGAUUCCUUGCCGACAUUGUUGAUAUUUACGGCGAAGAAUGGCGUGAGUUUGUUUGGUGCUGCCGGCAGAUAAUUGAUUUGCCCGAUCAUCUCGAGUAUUUGGCACAUCAGCCAGUUAUUCGCGCCCCAAGUUGGCUGUUCCCCAAUGCAAAGGCCCAAAAGCCUACCACAACUAAGGCCGACGUGUUGCCAUUUAAACUGGACGGAAACAACACAGCCAGUCAGAUUGCAUUCACAGUUGCUCGGGUAAAUGAGAUGGAUAAAGAUGUCUCCGUGUGGAUUGAAAAAGUCGGCAAGAAUCAGGACGAAAAAAGUUGAGCUGCACGAUGGAGCAGGACGCGAAUGUUCCUUAUGGUCCGACGAUGAGCUUCCCCCCACCCAAGAGUUUACCAUGAUUUCUAUCGCACCUUUUCUUUGUUAUAUCUAUCCCUCCAAACGGCAGUGCUCAAUAGCUCAAUAGCAAGACAUUGACCCUUCUCGAAAUUGCUUAUAACAGGUUGAUUCAAAAUAUUAUCUCUAUAUGCAAUCCUGUG